AAAAUUAAUGAGCAUAUAUAUAUCUUAUAUCUAAUUUAUAUGACAAUAUUUUUAGUAUAUUUCCUAUUAACUUUGGUGAGUACUGAAUACACAUUUAUUGUACACCAAAUAUUUAUAGAUUUAUCUCUAUAUAUAGCCUGCAUCUUUCUGUGCUUACACACAAAUAUAUCUGCAAAGCUUUAGUUGUCAGCCUGAGCUAGAGCACUAGCAAUGGCGAAGCAUACUACCCUCCUCCUCAUGGCAAUAGUAAACAUCCUUCUCACUUCCACCGCCGCCACCCUGGCCAAGGCCCCCGCCCCCGCAGCCAACAAGCCGACGGCGUACGAAAUGCUAGGGCGAUAUGGCUUCCCACCGGGCAUCCUCCCGCAGGGAGUGCAUGACUACGAGCUCCGACCGGACGGCUCCUUUGAGGUACACUUCUCCGAUGAAUGCAAACUUCGUAUUGACGGCCAGUACGACAUCCACUACAGCACUCGGGUUGCCGGGAACAUAAAAAAUGACACGAUCAGCGGCCUCGAAGGCAUUAAGGUGAAGGUCUUUAUUGCGUGGAUCAGCAUACAGGAUGUCGGCCGCGAUGGCAAUGAGCUUAGGCUGCACGCCGGGAUCAUAUCCAAGUCAUUCCCGGUCGACGUUUUCUCCUCUAGCCCGCAAUGUAACUGAGGCUCGACUGCAAGAUCGACACAAGUGUCGACAUCCAGUCUGCCUCUUCGAUCACGUCGCUUGAUGUUUCCUUCUUUCUUCGUAGGAUUGAUGAUGCACGUUUCUGCUUGUUUUGCAAUCCCGUGCCAUCUUACCAAUUCAUGUACUCCUAUUGUAGUAUGGGCUGAGAUUGAAUGUUAUAAAGAAGUGCCUUUUCUUCAUGAUUGCAAAA